AUGAAAUGUAUUCCAAUAUUUUUCUGCCUUUUUGUUUUUUGUUCAGCUGAUCCACAAAUUCUCUAUCUGACCCAAUUCACAAUUGCUAAUGGGCAAAGCACAUUUGCAUAUGAGGUAGGUAGCACCCAAAACUAUUCAAAAAUCAAUCUGAAUUUUAGAAAGGAUCAAAUUUAUAUCUAUCUUCAAGUGACUCUACAGAUGUUCUCAAAAAUAUUAUUCUAACCAUUGAUGGUCAAAUUAUUCCUCUUGAUACACUUCGUGACGUCACGCGCGAUGAUGGUUCCCAACUUCCUCUAAAACUCGGAGAUUCGCUAACUAUCAGCACUACAAAUUCAAAUGACAUCACAAGUAAACUAACUGGGUUUAUCUAUGUUUCGACUGCGAAACAAGCAAAUGAUGAAAAUUUUUCUGUUUAUGUGAUACAAAACAAUAUCAAGAUCAUGAAAACAUCAGGUCAAUCCACAUCGGUCAUUCUUAACACUGCUUAUGGAGUAACUCAACAUUCAAAUACCCCAUUUCGAACAAGUUUAGUGAAGAAAAUCGAACAAGAUCAUUCUGCAAAACUUCGAAUAUAUUCUGAUAUUCCUUAUGAUAACUAUACUUAUGAUGAUACACCUUGGAAAAGUUUAUUUUAUAAUCCAAUUGUUUUUGAAAGUCUUAAUGAAAAUGGGAUUAUGGAAGAUACAGAAAUGUUUUUCAAUAAUAUCGAACACAUUCAAAUGUCCUAUGUAUCUUGGUAUAUUUUGUCUUCUGGAAAUAUUAACGUGAUUAUUGAGAAAUUGUGGAGUGAGUUGAUAGAUUUUCAUUUUAUUCCAAAGUUUUUCUGAUUCCAGUGAACAAUAUUGAAACAACAACAACCAGUCUGAAUACAACUGGAUUGAUUGUGAAUGCAGCAGAUGCUUCAUCAAUCAACAUCACGGUGGAUUUUCUGAACAAUCCAAAUCCACAAACUCUCGGAAUGUUUGUGAAAUGUCAACCAACUGAUAAUAUAGAUUUUAUAUUCUCCAAUAAUGGGCAAGAUGUCCUUCAUGCUCAUUUCAAUACAACUUUUCCUGAAACUGGAAUUUUGGAGUGGAAAGUAGGAAAAGAUGCAACAAAGUUUCAGAUUUUGUCAUCUCAAAUGUUACCUGGAGCGUAUUCGGUUCAAUAUUUUGUUAUAGAUGGGGUUAUUGGAUCUCUAACUACUCAACCAACCGUAAUUCCAACCACAACUGUAACAAAAUCACUUCAAACAUCAGCAUCUGUUACAGCUCUGA